AUGUCGCCGGCAGCAACGCACGACGACCUCGGCCGCAUUCGCCACAUCCCGCUCAGAUACGACAGCCGAAACGACAGCCAUGCCUCUGCCCUGUCCAUCAUCCGUAGUCUGAUGCCUGACUGGGCUUCGGGGAAGGAUGACAAUGUUGAGUUCAUCCGGUUCACGGACGGCAUAACCAACACCCUCCUCAAAGCCGUCAACCGCUCCCCGGGGCUGUCCCAGGCAGACGUCGACCGCGAUGCGAUCCUCCUGCGAGCCUACGGCAGCGGCACCGCCGUCCUCAUCGACCGAGAGCGCGAGGCGGCCAACCACGAGCUGCUCAUGAGGUACGGCCUCGCCCCUGAGCUGCUGGCCCGCUUCGAAAACGGCAUGCUAUACCGCUUCGUCCCCGGGACACCCUGCCAGCCGCACGACCUGCGCCGGCCUUCCGUCCUCGCCUCCGUAGCCCGCAGACUCGCAGAGUGGCAUGCGCGCGUCCCGUGCCUCCGCAUGACCUCCGCGCCGCUCGCCAACGGGCUUAGCAAUGACCUGGCCAACGGUCCGACUAACGGCCAGAGUAGGGCCGUCCAGGCCGAGUCCGAGGCCAGGAUUGUCAGCGCCUCCGGCGGCAAGCCCAUCCCGAAUCUCUGGACAACGAUGCAGAAGUGGAUCCUCGCCCUGCCCACGGAGACGAAGCAGCAGCGUGAAAGGCAGUCUCGGCUCCAACUCGAACUGGGUGACAUUAUCGGCAAGCUCAGUCAACGCCCAGGCCUCGGCCUCGACGGUCUGGUAUUUGCCCACUGUGAUCUCCUGUCCGCCAAUGUCAUCAUGCACCGGGCCCAGGACGGAGGCCGAGACCGAGGCCAGGACCGAAGCCAAGGAAGCGGCGAUCUCGGUAGCGACGACGUCACGUCAGUAAGCUUCAUCGACUACGAAUACGGCACCCCCUCGCCCGCAGCCUUUGACCUGGCCAACCACUUUGCCGAGUGGGCCGGCUACGACUGUGACUACUCGGCCGUCCCCACCGUAUCCCAGCGCCGUGCCUUUAUUCGCGAGUACAUACGCGAGUAUAUCAAGCUAUCCGACGGCCAGGACGGUAGUCUGGAAUCAGAAGAUGCCGAGGAGCGUAAGCUCAUGGAAGAGGUCGAUGCCUACCGUGGCGUCCCGGGAUUUUACUGGGGCAUCUGGUCGUCCAUCCAGGCCACCAUAUCAGAAAUCGACUUUGACUAUGCCAACUACUCCGAGAGCCGGCUCAGCGAGUACUGGUCCUACAAGGAGGAAAGGGACGGGACGAGGGCAGCCGAAGGGCGCGAGAUGUCCCUGCGCGAGAAGACCUGGUUUCGCGAAGAGUGA